CAAUCUUUCUGUUGUGUUCCUGAACUCUUGCAAGAAUUCCUCAAGUGUUCUCACAUACUUGUGUUCUCGUAAAAUAAAUGUUUCAAAAUUAUAUUUUUGUUUCACACUAAUUUCCGAUAUGUAAAAUGUAAGUGGCUGAUUUGAAAAUGGUUCAGUCCUUUACGAGAUUUUCAAAUGAUACAACGUGUUUUAAUUAAAACGAAAGAAAUAAAUUUUCAAAAAAAUAAAAAAAUAAAUACCAAAAUAUAAAAAGAGAAAAAAGUGUUUCAAAGAUCUUAACACCGAUUAUCCAAAAGUUUAUUUGUGUAUAAUAUAUUAAGCUGAAAAAAUAUGACAUAAAUAAAAGUGUUUUUGUAAAUUAUAGAAUUUUGAAAAAUGUAAUUUUUCAAAUUAAAAUGGAAUACAAAUAAAACGAUAAUUAAUCGUAAAAUAAUAAUUGAAUACAACACACCUGUGAUGCGAAACGCAAAAUAAUUUACAUUUUUACAAUCAUUUCUUCCAGUGUGUGUUUAUAGAAUAUAGAAUAAUAAAAAAAUUUUAAGUACAAAAAUUUGGAUUUCGUAAAAAUAAUAAUAAUAAAGAAAUAGAAUUAAAUAAUUUGAAAUAAAAUUGAAUUGACGUUUUGUUUGUGUAUUGACUGAAUCAUCGAUCUAAAUUUAUCGAUAUUUACUCGUCUUCGAUUCUUGUGGAAACACAAAGUGUUCUUUUUGCUGCUGUUUUCACUUUAAAUUAAUUAGAUUUUUUUUAAUAUUUGUUUUUUUUUCGUGUUGUGGUUGGUGUUUUUUUCUUGUUUUAAUACUCAUAAUUUUCUUCGGGGAAAAUUUAAAAAUGACCAAAGAACAAACCACCGUCAUACCUGAAGAACUAUACAAUUUAACACAAUUAGCUGAAGUCGCUGCAGAACGUCUGAGUACAACGGAUAAAAUUGAAGGCAACGAUAUUGUUGCCCAUUCGAACAUUGUGGAAAGAUCAAUGGAACAUACGAUAAAUACGAAUCACAAUGUGGUAAAUAAAAUUGAAAAACCAGAUGUACUAACGAAAGACAUGAGAUCUCUUGAGCAACAGCAGCUACAAUAUAAUCAUCAGCAACAACAUGAGCAAGAACAACAAAUAACAAUCGAUUCAUCCAUAACACUAACAAAAUUGAGUUGUAAUGGAAAAUCAAUACAAAAGACAGAAAACAGAUCACACAUAACGACAUUUGAUAAUUAUUAUCAUCGUCGUCAUCAUCAUCAUCAUCAUUCUCCUCAACACAACUACCAGGACCAGCUGCAACACCAACAACAACAACAUCAUGAUGAUCACCAUACUCCUCAUCAUUUAACGCAUCAUCAACAUUACAAUAUAAAUGCUGUGGGAACGUUUUACUCAUCUUCAGAUGAUGAUUCCAAUUAUUACAGUCACAAGGUAUUCGAUCGUAAAAAAUUACGCCGUUCCACUAUCUCGGAUAACUCACGCUAUGAUGAACAUUCAUCAUGUAGUAGUGCCCCGGGUGGUAGUAGCAGCAGCAGUAGUGGCAGCACCAGUGGUGAUGAACAACAUUAUACACAAAUGCAUCAUGAUACAAGUGAAAUAGUAGGCAGUACAGAAAUCGGUGGCCUUAAGCAAAUGCAUAUUGAUUCAUCAACUGGCUCCAGUUUAAAUCUUUUGGAUGAUGAACAUAUUUGUCCGGAAUGUGGUAAAAAGUAUUCGACAUCAUCUAAUUUGGCUAGACAUCGACAAACCCACAGUUUCUCCAAUUUUAGGUCGAUUAUGGAUAAGAAAGCCAGACACUGUCCGUUUUGUGAGAAAGUCUAUGUUUCGAUGCCGGCCUAUUCCAUGCAUGUACGAACCCACAAUCAGGGUUGUGAAUGUCAGUAUUGUGGUAAAAAGUUUUCACGACCAUGGCUUUUGCAAGGUCAUAUACGGACACAUACAGGCGAAAAACCCUUCAAAUGUAACGUCUGCACCAAAGCCUUUGCGGAUAAGUCCAAUCUGCGGGCUCACAUUCAGACCCAUUCGAAUACCAAGCCACACACUUGCAAACGAUGUGGUAAAGCAUUUGCUUUAAAAUCGUAUCUUUACAAACACGAAGAAUCUUCAUGUAUGAAAAAUCAUCACAAAAGUGCUGAAAAAGAAUCACGACCCAAUCGGUCCGCGUCGCAGACAAUACAAAUGACAACUCCAAAGAGUAUAACAUCUCAUUACGUAACUAAUGAAAACAAUUUGACAACAGUUCCAGCAGUAGCUGGUCCUGAAUCGGCCAAAACUACUUUGGCUACAAAACUGCUACAAAAAGAAAAGGAUCGGCGUCAAGCAGCCUUACAAUAUACAAAUUUACCACAUACAUUGAUGAACAACAAUCCUAGUCUACAGAUUAUAACAGUCAGUACAGAUACACCACUAGUCGAUGGUACAAAUUUAAAAUCUUAUACGAUGCUAACAAGUCCCAUGGCUCAGGAGGAGUAUGAACACUAUAAACGUAUCAGUGUUAUACAAACACCAGCGAUAACAAAUCCAACCGCAACCACACAAUUACCAGGUCCCAAUCAUCAAGUCUGCCCCGAAAUGCAUACCUUUUCAACUGCCAAUUUAACCGUUACACCUGCUUUAGCUCCCACCCAUAUGCAAGUUCAAUUCUAUAAUACCAUUAAGACGGUAAAUGAUCAUGAACAAAUCCAGGAACAGCCUGUAGAUUUUUCACCCAAAAAUAAUUUUACCCAUUCGGCUAAGACCAGUCCAUUUGAAUUGACUGGUAAUUAUGCUAUAAUGGCUUGAGAGAAGGAUAAAUUUUUAUUUAUUUUAAUUUACGACUUCAUUGAAAAGCACUUCAAUUCUCAAUAAAAAAAAAGACAAUGAAUCUGUGAGUUUUUAAUGUAUCGCGUAUCUCAAAAAAAAAAAAAUACUUUUUUUAAAGAAACCCAAAAUUUGGACUUGAUUUUAUUUAAUUUGUUGUUGUUUUUCUUAACAAAAUAAGUACUUAUUUUAAUUUAUUUAUGAACUUUUUUUGGAAUUGUUUAUUUUAAAUUAAAAGAAAUUUUUUAUUAAUGUUUUUAAACAAAAAGAAUUGUUGGUAAUUUUACAUUAACCCUCAAAUUUUUGCAAAAUAUAAAAUGUUUUUAAAACAAUUUAAAAGAAUGGCAUUAUCACAAUUCCUAAGUAAAUUUUAUCAGUAUUUUUAUUGCACAUAUUUGGGAAAUAUUUUUUUGAAUGUAAAUUAAAUCGAUCGAAUCGAACAACUUUAGAAGAAUCAAUUAGGACUUUCUCAGAUAAUAAAAAUUAAUUAAACUUUAACUUAAAAAGAAAUAUUCCCAAAGAAAUAAAUUAAAUUAAAAAAUACUUUCUAAAAUUACUUACACACCGAAGUUCAAAUUUGUCCGAUCAACUGUCAUCCCUUAAUUUCCCAAUUAUAAUUAUCACUUUUUUUGGAGAAAUUACCCUUCCUGCGUUCAAAUUUGCUAAUUUAAUGUCAAUAAUUAAAAAUCUAUAAUUUAAUGAUCAACUUAAAGAUCAAACAGUCAGAUCAGCCAGUUAAUUAAUUGAUCUUUAAAUACUUUUAAUCUAAUCUUAUCGAUUUGAUCUUCAAGUUAAAAACUCUCUGAUAGAUUAGCGGACAAUACAGAUUUUCAAAAGCCAAAGUCUGUUGUCAGAAACAUAAGUGUAAAAUUGUACUAUUCGGUUGUUGUAGAAACCUCGAUUUACACGAUAAUUACAUACGUUGUAUAAAUCGGUUCAUUUAAUUACAAAAGUAUUAAUUGAUUGAAAAGCCCACAAGUUUCCAGGAGAGAAAAAUCACUGUAUAUAUCGCCAAUUCGCCAUAAUUUUAUAAUCGAGGGGUAUAGAAACAAAGGCAGCAAUAUCCAUUUUAGAAAAAAAACUUUAUUUCUAAAGAUAUUUAACAAUUAAUAUUUCAGUUUUCUUAGUUAGUAUAAUGUAACUAGAUGAAGGUCUAAAGAAAGUUUAAACCAAAUCCCUAUAGAAGUUUCCUAGCAAAUUGGAUCCAAAGUUUUUAGAAAAGGUCAUCAAAGAAAUGGAGAUUGCUACCUUUGUUUUACAAUAUUUUUCUGAUUUCAAAUAUUUUGACUGAUUCUUGUUAAGCAUAUCUAAAUUACCGGGUUAGGUGCGUUCCUUUACAUAGAGAAUGUUGGUGAAAAAAAAAAAAAAAAACAUAUAUAGAAUUUUAUGUAGAUAUUCAGAAAUCAGUGUUCCUGAGUUAUUGCUGCCAAUAUAUUUGGAUCUAAUUUCGACGAAAGUUUGGCAAGGUUGUGCCCGAAAUCCUGCGCAUCCACAUAGAAUCAUACUAACCUCGGAAGACUGAUCUAUAUUACAGACUAUAGACUGAUCUAUAGUCCAGACUAUAGACUGAUCUAAAGUGCAGACUAUAGACUGAUCUAUAUCCCAGACUAUAGACUGAUCUAUAAUCCAGACUAUAGACUGAUUUAUAGUCCAGACUAUAGACUGGACUAAAAUCCAGACUAUAGACUGGUCUAUAAUCCAAACUAUAGACUGGUCUAUAGUCCAGACUAUAAAAGGUUUCUCUUUUUCCCCUCGUUAGGGUCAUCCGAUAUGAUUUUUGUGGUUCAUUAUUCAAAAUAGCCGAAUAGGAUUCUUUCGCCCUUAUUUUUAGUCAAUCCUAUACGGUCGACGGUUUUCUAUUCGAUAAUUUCUGAAACAAGUGAAAAUUUUCAAUUUUUUAACAUUAUUUUAGAAAAGAUAUAUCGGAAGAUGGAGUAUUAGUAAUUUUGAAAGUUCACAUAAAACCUAUUGAUUUUGUCUAAUUAGAUCAGCAAAAGUAUGGCCGAUUUGUUUGCUAAUAUUAAGUUAUAAAAAAGAGAAAUAUAAUCGUGUUAAAGCGAAAUCGUGUAAAAAUAUGGCUUU